AUUGUUAAACACUGAUAAACGAUAACAGAAUACAGAAAUUCGAAUUUUAAAUUGACUAUAUUUAAUAUUAUAAUCGCUAUUCACUAUGAAUGUUUUGUAUAUGUAUUUUUGUAAAUUGUAAGUGCUUUAUGCUUGUGGUGGUAUACUCGUAUUUAUUCUUAUUUUCCGAAGUAAAUCAAUAUUAUCCAAUAUAUUAAAUUUAACACAUAUAUUUAAUAUCACUGAACGAAAUAAGUACAUUUAGUUCAGUAGUCUUCAGUGCUUAAUAAAAUUAGUCUGUGCAAGAUGAAAUGAUGCAAUGUAUAACUGCAGUUUUGUGAAGAAAGUGAAAAUUAAAAACAUAUUGAUUUUUUAAAGUCAGUGUUUUUUAUCAACUUGUUUGUUUUCUUUUAAAUAUUUUCAAAACCAUGUCUAGAAAUCAAAUAACCGUACAUCCAGUUGUUGGGAAUGAUGUAAAAGGUGCAAAGAACAUUUUGACUCAGGUACCACAUUAUUAUUUGCCAGGCCUAAAUACAUAUUUGCUGAGUAACAUCAAAAACAGCAAUGAAGCUAUUCAGUAUUAUUCUACACCUGAUUGUUUCAACCUACCAGUACCAUGUAUUCCAUUUGCAGACAUUGAAUCGAAAAUUAAUGCAGUUUUAGAUAUGGUCAAUUUAAAAGUACAGUGGAAACGUGGAAAUAAAAAACUAUUAAGAUCAUGUCAAAAAAAAUUAAGUUUUAAGACUUUGAAUGACAUAAAAACAGCAGUAAAUACAAAUAAAUCAACAAUGUAUUCAACAAUUCCAAAUGUCUUGUCUCAUUUUACGUCAAAUUUGAUGGAAAACCCUGAUAAAUAUUUUGAUUCUGAAUGUAAUUGGUAUUUUAGCAAUACUAUUGAAAAAUUUCAAAUUAAUGGAAAAUGGUUGUUAGCUUGUGCCAGAGGAGCAAACCUUGAUAUUUUAGAUAUAAUAUCAAUUGAUAAUAAUACAUUUGAGAUAAUUCAAAGUAAAAAAGAUACGUCAUGUUUUAAGGAUCCAAUUUUUGAUAUAAAAUCUUCAAAUUUAAAUGAAUUAAUGAUUCGACAUAAAACCAAAUUAUCUAUGUUUCGGAUUAAUUCUGAUUUAGAACAUUUAUUAAAUAACAAUUCUGUUUAUGAUAACUGUGAUAUACCAUUUGCUGAUGCUGAUGUAAUAGCUAACAAUUUUUGUACUGCUGAUGUGAAACAUAUAAUUAAAUUAUGGAAAGAUGGAAAUUGUGUUCAAAAUAAAUAUUUUGAUGUGGUGUAUGAUCAAACUGAUUCAUUUAUACAUUUAAGUUAUUUACAAAAUGAAUCCAAUUUAAUUGGCAUUAUCAAUAGACAAAAACUCUACUUAAUAGAUGCUCGGAUUGAUAUUUCUAAGCCUUGCUCUAUUUAUGACCCAACUACUAUUAUAGAACUAUGUGAAGAAUUAACAACAUUAAAAAGUAGUAAUUUAAAUAGUCAUAGUAUUUAUGUAACUUCCAACCAUUCGGUUUUAACAUUUGACAACCGAAUGGGAUUUGUGAAUAAAUCAUAUCACAUGCUUUCAAAUUCUCCAUCCCUAAUUAACAUACACCGUUAUGAAAACAAUUUUGAUUCAAAUGAAAUGUUGUUUUUGGGAAACCAAACUGGUGAAAGCCUUGUUUAUUUACCCUACACUUCAUAUCCAGAUGGCUUUCUAUUGUGUCAAAGCAUUGCCUCAUCAAUUCCAAAUCCAUUACAAUCAUUACAUAACGUACGACUUAAAGGGUGUUGCUUAAAUCCAACAUUAUUGGAUAGAUUUUCACGGUGUUUAACUGGUACUACCAUUUUUGGUGAACAUAUUAAAGAUUUAAAACUUUUUAGUAUUAAUUCUGCUGGAGAUUUAUUUGUUCAAAAAUUAAAUGAUAAUACACCAAUAGACAUAGCUGAAUUUAAUAAAAAUGUUACAAUUAAAUCUCAAACUGUUCCAAAGCUAAAUUAUUCAUAUAAGUUUGAUAUGAGUAACCUUUGGCAAUUAAAUCUGCCAGAUAAACAUGAGGAAAUUAAUAUUAAAAAAGAUAAUGUUUGGAGUAUGUCAAAAGAAAAAAUGUCAUCGUAUGUAGACCACCUUGCUCCAAUAAUAUUAUCCCCAUGGGAUAUAGAUGAAUUAUCUGAAUGGGAGAAUGAAGAUGAGAAUGAUGAUGCCAAUGAUGAUUCUGAUUGUGACUUUGCAACUAAAGUUAAAUAUUGGUUCAAUAAAAAUGACACAAUGUUGAGGUCAACAGAAACUUUAGAACCAAGCACCGAUCAUCCGACAAUUAAUAUUUUAUCUCAAGCUUCUACUGUAAAAACUGUACCUUCAUCAGAAAAUGACAAUGAUUCCAGUUCAGGUUUUACAGUUUCUUUAAAAUCUGAUGACAGUCAAUCAUCUAAAGUGUAGAUAUGUUUUUAUUACAUUUUUAUGUUAUGUAACAAUUAAAUUAUACAUUUGUACACAAAAAAUAAUAGCUAAUAAAAUUGGAGAAAUAAUUAAAAUAUGUGUAGUAAAUUUGUAUCAACUAUCAAUAGGCAGUCAAUGAAAAUUUGAAACUGAAAAUAUUCUAGAACAUAGUAAUCAA